AUGGGUAGCAAUUUGAAAAAUAUCCUAAUCGUUUCCUUUGGAUUUCUGCUAUUAUUUACAGCUUAUGGAGGACUUCAGAGUCUACAGAGCAGCCUGAAUGCAGAUGAAGGCCUAGGAACGGCCUCCUUAAGUGUUCUCUAUGGAGCCAUUAUACUUUCCUCUAUGUUCCUACCACCAAUUCUAAUUAAGAAUCUGGGCUGCAAGUGGACCAUUGUUGUAUCCAUGGGCUGCUAUGUAGCAUAUUCUCUAGGAAACCUUUACCCAUCAUGGGAAACGCUGAUUCCCACGUCUAUAAUUCUGGGGUUAGGAGGGGCUCCCCUUUGGUCAGCAAAAUGCACCUACUUGACCAUCAGUGGAAACAUGCAGGGAAAGAAGGAGAACAAAGAAGGCAGAGACAUAAUCAACCAGUACUUUGGGAUCUUCUUUCUAAUAUUUCAGUCUUCUGCAGUGUGGGGCAAUCUGAUGUCAUCGCUGAUAUUUGAGCUGGCUGAUGACAGAGCUAGCAUCACAGAGGAGCAAUUAAAACACUGUGGAGCAGUCGACUGUCCCGUAACAAAUGCCACUGGAAACAGCACAAUUGACAUUCCCCCAGACUCCUUAAGAUACACUCUUUUGGGUUCUUACAUAGGUGUUGGUGUGUUGUCUGUGAUCCUGGUAGCUGUAUUUCUAGACAACCUGGACAAGGAAGCAGCCCAAGAGUUCAGAGACAACAGGCAGCCAUUUUUCUCAGUUUUCCUAGCUACUUUCAAGCAUCUCCGAGACAAGCGACAGGUCCUGCUUAUCCCCAUGACAAUGUACAGCGGCUUUGAGCAGGGCUUCCUCGCCGGAGACUACAACAAGUCCUAUGUGACCUGUGCUCUUGGAAUACGAUAUGUUGGCUAUUCGAUGAUCUGCUUUGGUGCUACAAACUCCCUUUUUUCAUUUGCCUUUGGAAAGCUGUCACAUUAUACUGGAAGAAUCGCCCUAUUUGCCUUAGGUACAGUCACUAACUUGUCAUGUAUAAUAGGCCUGUUUCUUUGGAAACCUCAUCCUGAUGACUUGGCAGUGUUCUUUGUGUUUUCUGGCCUUUGGGGAAUGGCUGACGCUGUGUGGCAGACACAAACAAAUGCUCUCUAUGGAGUUCUAUUUGAAGAACACAAGGAGGCAGCAUUUGCCAACUAUCGGCUCUGGGAGUCUGUGGGCUUUGUAAUAGCCUUUGGGUACAGCAACUAUUUAUGUGUGGAUGUUAAGCUGUAUGUUGUGCUUGCUGUGUUGGUGGUAGGCAUGGUACUCUAUGGCUGUGUGGAAUACAUUGAAUACAAGAAUCCUACUGCCUGCAUUAAGAACAAGCUAGAGCUAGAGGUAGAAAAGAAAUCAUAUAUUGCCCAGACUAAAUUGUAG